AGCCCGGUCUCCGGGUAAGAUGGCAGCGGACGGGCAGUGCUCGCUCCCCGCUUCAUGGCGGCCGGUAACCCUCACCCACGUCGAGUAUCCUGCAGGUGAUCUUUCAGGCCGCCUCCUUGCCUACCUGAGCCUCAGCCCCAUAUUUAUCAUUGUCGGUUUUGUGACCCUCAUCAUAUUUAAGCGGGAGCUGCACACGAUCUCAUUCCUCGGGGGCCUGGCACUGAACGAGGGGGUCAACUGGCUGAUCAAACACGUCAUCCAGGAGCCACGGCCCUGUGGAGGCCCCCACACGGUAGUGGGCACCAAAUACGGGAUGCCUUCCAGCCAUUCCCAGUUUAUGUGGUUCUUCUCCGUCUAUUCCUUCCUUUUCCUGUAUUUAAGAAUGCACCAAACAAACAACGCCAGGUUCCUGGACUUGCUGUGGAGGCAUGUGCUCUCCCUGGGCCUCCUCACCAUGGCCUUCCUAGUGUCCUACAGCAGGGUCUACCUGCUGUACCACACCUGGAGCCAGGUGCUCUACGGGGGCAUUGCUGGAAGCCUUGUGGCCAUCGCCUGGUUCGCGCUCACCCAGGAGGUCCUCACCCCGCUCUUCCCCAGGAUAGCAGCCUGGCCUAUCUCUGAGUUCUUCCUAAUCCGAGACACGAGCCUCAUUCCUAAUGUACUCUGGUUUGAGUACACGGUAACCCGGGCAGAAGCCAGGAACAGACAGCGCAAGCUGGGAACAAAACUGCAGUGACUGGUGAGUGUGGCUGGGUCCAGCCUCUAGAUCUGGCCUGCACAUGCCUUGCAGGAUGGACGUAAUGACAGACAGAGGGAUGAAGCAGAGACCUCUACAGACCUGUCACCAAGUGGAGCCUUUUUUUUUUUUACCUUUAAUUUUGACGAACAAGGUGGACCAAAGGGCUGAGCCAGGCCCUCAACCAGGACCCUGGAGGGCCUGCUGCCAGGGGGCCACAUGGCCAGAGACACUUGCUGUGCUGCCGCCAGGCCCGGUUGGGUGGAAAGUGUCCUCGGCAUGGGCACCAGGGUGUGGGGUAGAGGAGGAGGGUAUGCACCUCUGGUCACGGGGCCAGGAAAUCCAGGUGGUGUGAAAAAUACUAUUUAUUUUUUGUUUUUGUCAAAGGCAGAUGGGAUUUUGGAGAUGGGGCAGGAAGAGCCUGCUGUGUGGCCGUGGCUGCCUUGCAUAAAAAGGGGCCCAGGUCAGCUUCCUACGCCCUUUGCCCUGGGCCCAGGGGGCAGACCACCUCUCUCUGGGCCUGAGAGGUGGCCUGGGGGCUCAGGAGGAGGGCAGCACCCCUAAGCUCUCCCUGCCACUGACGCCAUUCCAGAACCUCAUUCAGUGUUUCCUUUUCCGGGGGCCAGGGCCGAGAGAGAGCAUGUGUCUGGUGGCUGCUAUCAUUGUGUUCCACCCCAUAUCGACCCUAUACCAAAAGGGCUUUCUCUGGUCCUGUCCCCAAGACAAUGGUUCCUCUCUGACAAAAGAGCCUGCACAUGUGGGUGAGCAAGCCCAAGCCGUUUACAGCUCUUUUGUCCUGCCAUCCAGUAGCGGUUAGUCUUCAUCUCCACUUGAACAAAACUCAGAUGACCCGGGAGCUGGGGAGAGAUCAGAGCCAUGUUCCCUGACCUCUCUGCCCUUCCCAACCCUGUGUGCUCCAAACAGUCCUGUCCUUCCCGAUGCCCCUGUGAGAGGCUGGAAACCUGCCAGGGGUACCUCUUGAGCCUGUGUCCCACAUCUGUGUGGGCCCACAGAUGGCUAUACUGUCCAGCUCGGAGGAUGGCUCCUCCUGAAGGGGCCUUGUCUCUAAAUCAGUCUGAAACGGAGUUGUGUAGAGAUGUGAAGUUUCUAAAGCUGAACCAGGCUGCUUGGAACCUGUGUUCAAAUUCCAUACCCCCCCACCCCCGCUUUUCUUUGUGGAGGUUCCCAAUCUGCUGCUGAAGCACAAUAUUUUGGUGCUUUCUCUUCUCAUUUGUUAAAGACAGUGUCCAAAAGCCAUUCCAGAUGCCAGGACCAGGGGCCUAUUUCUGGGGAAGGCUCUUCAGUCCCCACAUUUUCCUCCCCUUCCUUUUUUUUUUUUUACUUUUUGCCUGAGACAAGCCAAGUGUGAGAUGGUUUGAUUUAAGGGAAAUCAAUGAAAUUGUUUACUAUUGUUUUAAAAUAAAAUCUUGAACUCUG